AUGGCUCAUUCCGGGGUCGAGCAAGCAAAAUUUCUUUUCUUAUGCCAACAACAUGCCGUCGGCCACAAAAUUGACUACAAUGAAGUUGGAAGGAUCCUUGACCUCAAGCCAGCUACAGCGAACAUGCGAAUGACCCGCCUUAGGGCUCGUGUGGAGAAAGGGGAAGAUCCUUCUCCUGAAAACAUGGAGUUCCUAUGGACCUGCUUGACAGCCAACCAUGAUGGCCAGAUGCCAUCGUUUGACUGGAAGGUAAUCGGCGCGAAAAUGAAUCUCAAGCCCGCUACUGCUGCCAUGCGCUUGACUCGCCUUAAGGCGAAGAUGGGUUGGAGCAAAGGCUCUGCUCCUUCCACGCCAGUCAAGUCCAAAUCUACGAAGGUCAAACAGUCUCAAUCGAAGACAAUUGCGGCUCAGUCCCAGUCCAAGUCUAAGCGCAAUACAAAAGUCGAAGCGGACGAUUCAACCGAUGUAGAAGGCGCUGCGGAUGCAGACGACACUGAUUCCGCCGACGACAUUGCUGUCGACGUCAAGAACCGCCUGAGUGCCACCCCUUCUCGUGCCGCGAAGCGCAAAAUCAUGUACGCGGAGAGCGAUGCCUCUGAGGAUAAAGGCUCCAAUAGCGACGUCUACCAGCCCGAGUCCAAGAAGAUCAAGCGCAAGGUCUCCCAGGGGCCGAAUACCGAAUUCUUCGAUAACGAGCACUUCAAUGAGAUGACUCUACCAGUCGGCACGCGCUCCGUCAGCAACAUGCCGACCUCGAUUUUCGGUGGUCCUGUGGAGGUUACGCCUCUGGCUUACGAUAGUAGUGUACUUCCGAGUAGCGUCUUAAGCACUUUCGAAGAUGCUAAUUCCAUGGAGCAGUUCGACUUUGCUUGGCCUGACAUGCCAGUUUCCAACGCAUUCGACUAUGGUAACAAUGGCGAAGAUGAUGCUGUUUAG